CGGCCCGCGGCUCAUUCCUGUCGGGACCGUCGAGCGAUAUAGACGCUCACUCGCGAAUUCCUCGUAUCAUCCGAGUUGAAACUUACCGCCGUGAAAAUGAAGUGCGUACACGUGUGUGCUCUUUUUAUUUGUAUAUGGACUGCAAAUGCGCGGGAAACCACGUUCAAGCAAGAGUUGGCCGCAUUGACCGAACAAUUCGAGUUGCUGAAAACGAUGCACCUAGCUGAUACUUCCCGCCUCAAGAAAGAAAUUGAUGAACUCAAGCAGAACUCCGUACCGAGAUGCACGGAUAACCACGAGCGCAACGAGAAGGUUACUCUGGAGUGGGCUAAGACCUCUAUGAAGGAAAUUCGCGUCGAAAUGCGCGAACUGGGCCGCAGCAUCAACAGCUCCCAGCUCCUUCGACAGCUACACACCAUCCGGAAUGAGUUGAAACGGGCCUUGUCCGAAGCACGUGACUUGAGCCAUCUAGCUCGUACCCAAGAGGCGAGGGUGGACAAGCUGGACGGCGAGGUGGGGAGGCUUAAGUACGAAGGACAAGAAAUGAGGAGCGUCGCGGCUCAGUUGCGUGCGCACUUCGGAAAAUUAUCCAAGGAGGUAAAGAACAAUAAACUCGAAAAUAUGAACCCGAACAGUUACAACGAGGUUCUGGAGCCGCGUGAGAUCAAAGCGGGAAAUCUAAACCGGGUGCGCAAUCAUAAGUUACGCCACAACAAAAUGGUUCACGCACAGAUCUCCCGCCUGGCCCGCAGUCAAGAUCAACUAGAUGAGUAUCAACAAAAUCUACAAACGCAAAUACUUGACGUGCAAAGACGACUCGACCGCGUCGAAGAACCCAACUGGAACCUUAUUUCGGCAAAAGUAGACCUUCUUGAACUGGAAACUAAGUCCUUGCGAGAUGAUCUUCGCAAUACGUCCCAGAAAAUUUCAGACUUCAAUAAAAUACACGCCUCAGUGCUAGAACUGCGUGAAGAUAUCGAAAGUAUUGAAAACAAAGCCGAUAAAACUAUCCCAGAAUUCAGAAAGGAAAUCUCAAAACUGGAUGUCAGUUAUGCACAGCUCAACGCUCAGUCAUCUUACUUGAAAGAAGAUCAGGAGCAUUUGCGACAAUCGGUGAAGGCUAUUGCCGUAAGCGUCAGCAACACUAUCGACCGCGCUGAGAUGGACCGUCUCGUAAUAAGGAAGAUUAAUGACACUGUGUGCGAACUAGAAACCAGGUCCAAACAACACUAUUAUCGGCUUAACGACCACAUUCUCAAGAGUGAGGCUAACAAUUCAGGUUUGGUAAACAAUACCUCUACAGAGAUACCUUUGCCAGAGCUCAUGGGUGAAGUUAAGGAACUGCAGCGUGUAGAACGAGAAUACGAAGAUCUUGUAAGUCAACUCCCUAAGGAUUGCUCGGAAAUCUCAGCGUCAGCUGGGACUUUUCUAAUUCAUCCAGGACAAGUUCCGGUCGAAACUUGGUGCAAUAAUGGAAGUACGCUUCUUCAACGCCGGUAUAAUGGUACAGUUGAGUUUAAUAGGAAAUUUGCCGAAUAUGUUCAGGGUUUUGGUAAUGCUGCUUCAGAAUUUUGGCUGGGCUUAGAAUCAAUGCAUCAGCUAACCUCUGACAACUGCUCAUCUAUGAGAAUCGAUAUGACUGAUAUUUAUGGAAGCGUUUGGUUUGCCGAAUAUGAUCAUUUUUUCGUGGGUAGCGCUGACUCAGGAUAUAUUCUAGAACUAAGUGGAUUUAGUGGGAAUGCGAGUGAUGCUUUUGAAUACCAAAAUCACAUGGAAUUUUCAACAAUCGAUCGUGACAGAGAUACUUCAAACACCCAUUGCGCUGGCAACUACGAAGGUGGGUGGUGGUUCUCGCAUUGCCAACAUGUGAACAUUAAUGGCAAGUACACCUUAGGACUAACUUGGUUCGAUUCGGCCAGGAACGAAUGGAUCGCGGUUGCUUCAAGCGAAAUGCGUUUGCGCCGUCGACCUGGAUGCGCUUGAAUAAAUAAUACAAAAGUCAUUAUUAAUUCUUUAUAUAACUAUUAAAAAUAAUAUAGAUGAUAUAGAUGCACUUUGUGCUUAUAAACUUUUAUCAGUAAUUAUACCAAAGAUAAACUAGUAAGCAAUCAAAUCGUACAUAUAUUUAACGUUUCUGGAUGUUAUAAGAAUCUUUUAAUUAAAAUAUACUUCAUCUUGUUGUUAUGCAAAUAUUUCUAAAAUUGAGUUUUUAAAUGCUUGCUACGACUGCUAUAAGUACAACUUGCUCAUUUUUAUUACAUACUGACUUAAUUUUCACUAACCAGUUUUACUUAACUAAAUUUAUUUAGUUAAUAUUAUUACUUUUUUAGUUAUUGGGUUGUUUACGUUAAAAGACGAACAGUUUUUCAUAUAAAAUCUGCGUUUUUUUAAUAUUAUAUGAGCAUAUAAUGCGAUCGACAUUUUUAUUUUUAUUUCUUUGUGUUUUUUAUUGGGUAGUGUUAAGAAUUUUCCGUAAUCAUAAUUCUUUUUCUUUAUUUCAAAGUAUUUUAUCUUUAUUUGCAUUGAUAUAUAUUACGUACGUAAUAUAUGUCAUAGUAAGAUUAUUUUUAUACUAUAAUGUAAAUAUCGGGUACGUACCACGAUUCAUAGGAUGAUUUUGAAAUAUCGACAUUGUAAAAUCAUCGUAUGAAUCGUGGUACGUACCUACCCGUAUUUACAUUAUAAUAAUAAGCCUAAAAUGAUUAAUUUUUAUACUAUUAUGUUAUGCAUACCUACCUACUACUUUAGAUUAGUUUCGAUAUUAAUUUUUGUUAAGUAAUUUCGAAUAGUUAAGGUACUUUGUCAUUGUUUUAGAAAUAGGGCGAUUUCAUCCAUAUAUACUAAUAUUUUUGAUAAAUUGUAUCUGUCUAUUUGUUCCUUUAUCUUGAUGAAAUUUGGCAAAUUUAAAUUUGCAAAAGUAUAACUUCAACGUUCACAAAUUCGCGGGCAACAACUAGUUAUCAAUAAAUAUUGUAAUAAUAUUUAGUUAUAUGUUUAAUGUGUCAUAUUAAUUUAACCUCGAAUUAUGUAGAUAUAUACCUAAUUCAUAGUAGCCAAGUUUGAUUGUUGACCGUAGUGGACCAGUUUCAAUGAAAACGAUUUACCAGUUAUAUUCAUAUAAAUAAUAACAAUGUUAGAUGAAUAUCGAUGACGAUUGUACCGUAGAUAAUACCAAGGAAUUACCAAAUAAAAGUAUCAAAAUUA